UCACGAAGACUUUGUGCGCGCCUAGAAAACGCUUAAAUUUGUUUUUCAUCCAGGUUUGAACACGCAAGCAUUGCUGAUACUUCGAACAAUCUUUGCAUUUAAAACAAAUCGUUAAGUCACGAUUACUUGUUUGAUCAUGCCAUCUAAAAACAUUAUUAUAAAUUUUAUUUCAAAUCCGAUUAUUUAUUUCAAGGAUUCGAACGUCAUUAUUUGGAGCAAUCGUGUCUUGACUUGCCUAGAUGUGUUCCGAUUUUUCUUGACUGUGAAGCCCUAAAUUAAACCCACAAGUCCUCAAAUCAAACCCCAGUAUUUAAUAAAUGCGUGUGCAAAUAUAGAAAUGAGUCACUCAAAAUUAGGCCUCAAUUGCUGCUAGCAGUUUUGAUGUUGACCCUUUCAUCGGAAAUAUUGACACAAUAGCAAGCAGCUACAUCGUCAAAAUUCAAACCUCUUUUGAGAACAGUUCAAAAAUAACCCAAUCAUUUCUGUAUUUGCCUGGUUUCCAUUUUGGACGUGGCAAAACCCAAGUGACCAACGAUUCGUCAUUUGCAUCAGAGUUCAGACUUUGACAUUCGAGUUACAAGCCAACCCUUCCAGACUGAAAAGUAACGCCUAGAUACAUAUAUCUUACAUAUACUACUCAGAAGCCUCGAACCAUUUUAGGACGCACACUAAUUCGAAAGCACCCUCAUAUCCUAAUUUGGCUGAUGCCCUGAACGAUUAGAAGCUUCAGAUCUUGUUUGAACAGUGCCUAGAAUCUGGACUCCCAUGCAAGUACAGCCUCAAGACAAAGGUUCAAUCGAAGUCCAGUUGAUUUGAUAGCCUAAGUGACUUAAUCAUUUCACUGAAAACAGCUCCUAAAACAACUUGACGAAUCAGAAUCGAUAUCGCAACAAAAGAGUCGCAAAUCAAUUUUACAGGACUCGAACCGAGUUUUGAAAGUAAUACAUCCUCGUACCUAAGAUUUGGACAUAAACUAAAAUAUAAUCAAAACAAGGGAAUUUUCAAGUUUUCCCGGAAUCAGGAAAUCUCGUCCUGCGAUGGGGGAGCACAAAAAUAGUGCCAAUGGGGCGAUUGGUGGCGCUAGUGGGGGCGUGAAGAAACAACAGGAAAUGAAACUGGUGCUGAUCGGGCGAGAGGGAGUGGGCAAGAGUUGUCUGAUGAUGCAGUACAUCAGCCAUAGUUUUGACGAGAACCACGAGCCGACACUAGAAGAUACAAGUUUCACACAAAGAGUGGUAGAUGGGAAGCCAUGGGCACUGCAGAUCAUAGAUACAGCUGGACAGGAGGAGUUCCAGUAUUUAGUCGAACAGUAUUACCAAAGUGGACACGGUUUCCUGGCUGUGUUUGACUUGUGCAACAAGGAGUCCCUACACGAACUGCAGACCAUGUUCACGCGGGUGGCGAGGAGUAAGGACCUGUUGGACAACUCAGCCGAACCCAUCCACCCUCACAUCGCAUGUGUCAUUGUGGGCAACAAAGUCGACCUCCCUGCCGACCAGUUUGAAGUGACGCAAAACGACAUUGAUAGAUUCACGCGACAAUUUGAGUUUCCUUUCUUCGAGACAUCAGCCAAGACUCCUUUGAACGUGGAAGAGGCAUUCGAGCGACUAAUUAGAGAAACGUCGAUGAAAAUAUUCCACAGCCAGCCCACCCCAGACUCCUCAGGACCUCAGAAGAAGAGCAGAAAGGAAAAGGGUCACCACCACCACAACGGCGGAAGGAGCGGUGCUUCGAACAAAUGUGCUAUUUCAUAACCGUAUCCACACAAUUAAUUCAUCAAUCCUAAUACUAUAUUAUUAAAUAGAACUAGAAAUACAACAAAGCAACAAAAAUUACUCAGUAGUCGAACGUCGCGCCAAGACCAGACCGCGUAGUCUCACAGCUCAGCAAGCCAUCUAUACUUUCGAAGGGACAAAGACUGAAAACAUGAUCUAGAUUUCUGAAUGAGGCAUUCGACAAAUUCUACCAAAGAGCUUUAUUAUCCCGGAACUAGAAAAACACAUGCAGUGGAUAUAUUGACGACAGAGAACUUGAUUACGACAGCGGAAGACAAAGAAUGUCGUUCGUAUAAGCAGUGUUUGAUUGACAGAUCACAAGGUUUUCUCAUCGGAACCUUAGUUCGAAUUACCCAAAAAUGGGUUAUUCGCUUCCCGUGUUGAAUAGUACAAACAAAAGCCAAGCAGUCCGAUUUGGCGUGAAAUUUGAAAUGGCGGACCAUAUUCUGUUUUCUGGUAGCAGGAUUGGUGUCGGCCAAGUCAGUGAAAUCAGAUGUUGCAUAAUACACUGGUCGAUUGUGCCUCUAUAUCCCAAGAAACAGGAAGACGAAAGUUAUCAGAAGAUAGGUGGUUGGUUGGUUGAUUGGUUGAAAGAAAAGCGAUCGAAUCAAAAAGUAUUUAUCGCCCACCAAGUGCUGAAGCUCCGAGAGGCUUUGCAAAGAAGAGUGAUGUCCAAAUCCAAUUUUAAAUAGCUCAAGCAUUCUUUCCUGUAGUUCUAUUUUUAUAUACGUGAUCUUUUCAGAAUUCAAUUUGAGCUGAAUGAUAAAA